AUGUGGCUGUACCUGGCUGCCCUGAUGGGGAUUUACGUCCUUCACCGAUGGUACCGGCAGAGACAGACUGUGGACACCCUGACAGAGAAACACAUUUUCAUCACUGGUUGUGACUCUGGCUUUGGAAACCUGCUUGCCAGGCAGCUGGAUGCGAAGGGCAUGAGGGUAUUGGCAGCUUGUUUUACUGAGAAGGGAGCAGAGCAGCUGCAGAAGGCCACCUCGGAGCGCCUGAGAACCACCAUCCUGGAUAUCACCAGCACAGAGAGUGUGGCUGCAGCAACCGAGUGGGUGAAAGGAUGCGUGGGGAACAAAGGGCUCUGGGGCUUGGUAAACAAUGCAGGUAUACUUGAUCUAUUGGCUCCCACUGAAUGGCUGACGAAGGAUGACUUUGCAAAGGUAAUAAAUGUCAACCUGCUUGGGACGAUCGAUGUGAUGCUGCACAUGAUGGCCCUGGUGAGAAGAGCCAGAGGGAGGAUAGUCAACAUCAGCAGUAUGGCGGGAAGAGUUUCAAUCUACGCUGGAGGUUAUUGUCCAUCCAAAUAUGGCAUAGAAUCCUUCUCAGACAGUCUGAGGCGAGAGAUCCAUCCUUUUGGUGUCAAAGUCAGCAUUGUUGAGCCUGGGACUUUCUUUACACCUAUUUUUGAUGAUGCAAUAGAAGACUUACGGGAUGUGUGGAGCAGGCUCCCUUCUGAAAUCAAGGAAUCCUAUGGAGAGCAAUACUUUAAGAGCUAUUGCAACUUAUUACAAUUUGCCAUAGAAAUAGGCAACAAGAACCUCUGCCUGGUCACCGACUGCAUCGAACAUGCCCUGACAUCCAGCCGCCCAUGUAUUCGCUACAUAGCAGGCUGGGAUGCAAAGUUCCUCUACAUUCCUCUCUCUUAUUUGCCAGCUUCAGUCGCGGACUUCAUAUUGGAAUUUAUUCUGCCCAAGCCAGCCCAGACAGUGUCGAUUGUGAUGCAGAAACAGAAUUAA